GCUUCAAUUCGUAGGGGGAUUUAUUACACAUUUAAAAAACAGAAUAUUUUGUUUUUAAAAAAUCUGGAUGAAGUCUGACUAAGGGGUUGUGGUAGUAGGUAAACUGGGAUAAAGUUUCCUGUCGACAUACAGAAAACGAAGUCUGAGGUACAGAUUAAGAACAACAUGGCAGAGAAUGAUAAUUUGAUUGCAGAAUUAAAUCGGGCAUGGAAAUGUCUUGACGGAGCUAUCAAAGAAAGUCUAGCCAGUAAAAGAGACACUUUGAUAUUGCAAAGGGAAGACGGAUCCAAAAUCCUUCAGUGUAUCGAGAAAUCAAGAAUGAGAUUUGAAGAGGGACAGCCAAGCGGAACAAAGAAAAGAAUGACCAGUUCUCACGGGAAGAGGAAAUCUGUUUACGUCUAUAUGUCUGGUACUCGAAACAAUCUUACUCAAAUAAUUGAAGAAGAAUUCUCCAAACUUUUGUCGAAAAUGUCCAUAACUUGUGUAUCUCUUACGGGCAAAGAGGAGCUUAAAGACAAACUGAUUGUUCUUUGUCCAAUUUACUCUAGAUUACAAUCAGACAUCCAGUUUGUCCUUAAAGAGUUGCAACAAUUUCCAUUACCUGGUAGAUUUGCAAUUGCUGUUAUCAACAUGACAAGGGAAGAUUCUCUGCCUCGAUUGCCAAUUGAAACCAGGCUUGACCAACCAACGGAUGAUUAUAACAACAUACAUUUUAUUGAUAUGGCUUUCACGAAGGACAAUCUUAUGUAUGAUUGCAACAUGAACAAGACAGCAAGAGAGAAAAUCAAAUCUUUCGUAAACAAUAUGUACCAACAAGAGCGAUCAGAGGGCACAUGUGUCGCCUCAUAAUAGCCAAUUGCAUGUUGCAGCUAUUGUGUAACGGGAGACACAAAAAUCAUUAAAAAGCCAAGACGCGUUUUUGUGUUGCCUCUAUAGAGUAGUGGCAACAUAUAGAGAUCACUUCCCUGCCUGUAUGUUCGUCUGUCUGUCUUUCCGUCCGUAACUAAAUUUGUCCGGACUUCAACUAAAAAACUACUCGUGCAAUUUCAUCCAAACUUUACAGGAAUGACUAGUACCAAGUCCAGUUGUGCAUAUCAUCAGCAUUUUACGGUUAAAAGAUUUUUGUCAGAGUGAUGACACUUUUAAGUUUUUAUUUCAAAAUUUGUGCGGACAACUUCUCUUAUACCACUGUCCACUAAUGCAAUUCAAUAUCAAUGAAGCUUUACAUGAUCUUUACCUCAAAGACUUGCACAUAUUACACGGGUUUUUCGGUUAAAAUAUUUUGGCUAUGGGUUAUGGUCCUUAUAUAAAAGAACUUAAAGGUGUUUUUGUGUUAUCAACUACAUAGAAGCUUGCCCAGACAACUUUUCAGAAAUUACUGGUGCAAUUUCAUCCAAACUUUACAGGACUAAUCAGUUCUAAGUCUAGUUGUGUGUAAUAUCGAUCGGCAUUUUACGGUGCAAUGCUUUUUGUCAGAGUAAAGAUCCUUUUAUUACUUUUUCUAUUAGAAUUUGUCUGCACGACUCCUCUUAUACCACUUAUUCAAUUUUCAUGAAACUAAACAGGAAUGAUCAAGUAGCGCAUGUACUAUCACACAUUACACGAGUUGUUCGGUUGAAUAAUUUUUGGCCGAGUUAUUGCGUUUGAAUAAAAGGGUAUUCUUUCGUGCGGUUAGCUACACAGAUCCUUUUCUUGCCUUCUCAUUAGAAACUACUGUGCAAUUUAAUCAACACUAUACAGAAAUGAUAAAUACCAAGUCAAGUUGUGCAUAUCGUCGGUAUUUUUAGUUCGAUGAUUUUUGUCAGAGUUCAUUGACUUUAAAAAUAAACGUGUCCGGACUUUCUUAUACCACUUAUAUGCAAUUACAAUUAAACUUUACAGGAUUGAUCGGUAGCUCAAGUACUUGUACAUAUAAUAAGGGUUUUCUGAUUGAGUAACAUUUGGCCCUUGAAUAAAAUACGAUAAAUAAGAUCAACAAGGAAAGGCGGCGUUCAAUCAACGCAACCCCCACACGACCCAGCAACAUGAACCAGCGGCAAUGAGCCCAGGGGGACCCCAAACAAAAGGAAGAGCACGGACAGGCCCAUCACCAAAAUGAUACAUAACAACUAACAGUAACCGACAAGGAAAUCAAAAUAAAAGAAAAGAAAUAAAGAUUAGCAGGCCCACUAAGCAAAAAUGCACAGGGGAAGUGGGACAGGAAAUUCGGGGAAAAAUAGGGGAAAAAAACAACAAGAAAAACGCGUUUUGCCCUGUUAAUAAUUUUUCUCCUGCUUCAAAGUAGCAAAGAAAAUGCGUUUUGCCCUGUAAAUAAUUUUCGAGCCUCCUGCUUCAAAGUAGCGAAAAAAAUGCGUUUUGCCCUGUUAAUAAUUUUCGAGCCUCCCGCUUCAAAGUAGCAAAAAAAAUGCGUUUUGCCCUGUUAAUAAUUUUCGAGUCUCCUGCUUCACAGUAGCUGCAACACGCAAUUGGCUUUCAUAAGGCUCUUUAUUAUUCAAACCAUAAUUGAAGAGGCGACAACAAAAUGAAACAUUCCAGCGACAUGAAAUAAUCAAUUACAAGACUGUAUGUAAAAAAUGAAGUACACAUUAAGUACUUGCUUUUUUAAAAUGUGAAUGGCCGUGAGAUAAUAUCAAAUCAAUGACAUCAUCAAUCUCGUUAUAAAAAUUUUAGUUAUAUGAUCUGGUCAUUAAUUUCAUUUCAUAAAUAUUUUGUCGUUUGGUUUUUGGAUAAUACAUAAAUAAACGCUUAGCUAAUAAAAUAUAGAAAAGA